AUGGGCGUCCAAAAACAGUGGGAAGGCGACGACGAAGACGAAGAUAUUGUCCAUCUUCCGCCAUCCAAUAUCCCUCGUCCACCUGCCGGCAAUUUCUUCGAUCCCUCCAGCCUUCAUGCUGUCCGACCUGACUUCACACCCGGGUCAGGGUCCGCAUGGCCACAGCAGCAAGGACAGCAGACCCAGUCCGGCCCAAACCCCUGGCAGGGAGCCCGGCCUCUGAUUCCACCUGCGAGUUGGCGACCAUCCGGACCCACGCCGCCCUCCGGAGGACCCUCCCGUCCUUCAGGCCCGAGGGUCUACGAGGUCCGCCUCCGCCCCAGUUCUCAGGCACCUCGGGACAGCCCGUUGAAUGGGGUGCUGGUCCUAGUGAACCUAUUCGACCCGGUUACCAUACAAAUGUGGAAGGUCUACCUGGUGGUGCUGGUUUCAAUGGUUCUGCGCAUUUUCCUGGCCCAAGGGGUCAUCCUCGUGGCGGGUCUGGUUUUGCUGUUCGUGGUGCUGGUGCUAAUGCUGGUGCUGGUGGCGCUGGCCGUGGUGGUCGUGAUACUGGCGCUGGUUCUGGUCGUGGUGGUCGCACUGGUCGCAGUAGACAGGGGUCCAGCUGACGCUCUUACUACCGCUGGUGGCGGCAAAGGCAAUUCGACGUCCUUCACAGGCACUUCCUGCCAGCAUCGUAACGCUGUUGCGUCUUCAGAUGCUCGACUACAAUCUCAGGGGCCCAGCGCAAGUGAUGGCUGCCUCUACAAGCGAUACACACUCAAAAAUCUUAGCACGCGAUCUCCGUUUCUAGCUCGAACGGUGUUGAGAUUUCAACUUGAGUUGCGUACUGUCCACGACAAGGGAUCUCACCGAGAACGCUAUAUUGUCAUCGAGAAGACUCCAAUUGAGUACGUCACCACCAUCAAACCGAGGAAGAGCUCUGUUCGAUCACCAAGCCCGCCGUGGGCACCUACCUUACCUGACACACCCGAUAUGCUUCACUCAUCGAUAUGCCUUGCUACCUCUCUUCUUCUCUUGCUCUCCGGCUCAGCGGUUGCAGGUACAACCGAGGACUGGAGAUCAAGGUCAAUAUACCAGGUUAUGACUGAUCGAUUCGCACGAACUGAUGGCUCUACUGAUGCACCAUGCAACCUAAGAGAGGGACCAUAUUGUGGAGGCACAUGGCGGGGCAUGAUCAAUCAGCUGGAUUACAUCCAGGGAAUGGGCUUUGAUGCGAUUUACAUCUCACCGGUCACGGCAAAUCUGGAGGGGAAUACAGAAUAUGGUGAAGCUUAUCAUGGCUACUGGCCCACAAAUAUAUAUGCCGUAAAUGAGCAUUUCGGUACCGAAGACGACCUGCAUGCUCUUUCGGACGAGGUUCACAAGCGUGGCAUGUACUUGAUGGUGGACGUGGUUAUCAACGAUAUGGGUUUUGCUACACACGGACAAGAUCCAGCAACGAGCAUCGAUUACUCUGUCUUCACUCCCUUCAACGACCAAAGGUUCUAUCAUCCCUGGUGUAACAUUACCGAUUUCGACAACUACACAGAAGCGCAAGUCUGCUGGCUGGGCGAUAACCACGUAGCUCUCCCAGAUCUCAACACUGAAAGCCAAGAAGUGUCCGACAUCAUGAACGAGUGGGCUGUGAGUUUGGUCGCAAACUACUCGAUCGACGGUUUCCGUGUCGAUGCUGCAAAACACGUAAGCGAUGACUUCUUGAAGAAUUUCGCCGCUGCGGCCGGUAUCUUCACCAUUGGAGAGGUCUACGAAGGAGACCAAUACAAGCUGUGUCCAUAUCAGAAUCUCAUGCCCAGCGUGACUAACUACCCGAACUACUUCCCCAUGGUCGAAGCCUUCUCAGCAGGCAAUAUCAGCGCCUUGACCCAAGCCAACCAGAUCACCAAGAAGACAUGCCCAGACACCACUGCGCUUGCCAGCUUUUCCGAAAACCACGAUCUUCCGCGGAUUGGCUCGUAUACUCAGGAUCUAUCGCUCCUCAAGUCCGUGCUGGCCUGGACGAUUCUUGCCGACGGCAUCCCCAUGAUCUACCAAGGCCAAGAACAAGGCUUCACCGGCGCCGGCGUGCCCGACAACCGCGAAGCCCUCUGGACCUCUUCUUUCAGCACCACCCACCCACUCUACGCCGUCACGCCAUCGCCCGACAACAGCACCGUCGCGUUCCGAAAAGGCGCCGAAGGCAGACAGGUGGUCAGCGUCUUGAGCACUGGUGGCGAACAGACGGGCGCGUACACCCUCGAUCUACCGACGGCGUACACACCGGGGUCGCUGGUCACGGAUGUGGCGAUGGGCGGCGGAGCGCCCAAGGUACUUUUCCCCAGCGCGAAGAUGAACGGGAGCAGGCUCUGUGGGUUUGGCGACGCGAGUCUGGAGAUCAUGGUGCAGGGUGGUGCGGCAAGCAGUACCGAAAAAGGCUUGUCCUUGUCGCUGGCUGUAACGGUGGCAGCGGCGGUGGGUUUGAUGGGGUUGGGUCUGCUGUGA